AACAGCCUAUAUAUAUGGUCUUGUAACACAGCUCAGGGAUUCACCAUAAACAAAAAGAAUUUGAACCAACAAAGCAAAACAUGAAAGGCACAUUCACUAACUUGCUUGUGCUCCUUCUCAUUGCACUUGUUUGUGCCAAUGUCGGUGCUAGGAAACUUAUCUCCGAAGAUACCCAAUUCAAGGAUGAAAAAUCUUUCCUCGGAGGCGGUGGCAGCGGUGAUGGCUUAGGGCUUGGCCUUGGUGGAGGAGCUGGUCUUGGUGGGCUUGGGAUUGGGGCUGGGAUCGGCGCGGGAGCCGGACUAGGGUUAGGUGGAGGCGGUGGUGGACUCGGAGGUGGUGGCGGUGGACUCCUCGGUGGAGGCGGCUUUGGGGGAGGAGCCGGUGGCGGACUCGGUGGCCUUCCUUGAACGUAUUGACAAGUGUGCGUGUGAGAGCUGAUUCUCAGCUUAUUACUAAUUAAUUAAGUUACUUUCAUUCUCUUAAUAAAAUCUAGAGGGUUUGAAUUUCGGAUUUCUUCAGCUUUAAUUUAAACUUCAAUAUUUGAACCAAAAAGGUCUUGCUACUAGAGGUAAUGCUCGUAAUCGUAUUAUGUGUAACGCCGGUUCUGAUAUUCUUAAGUGCAAGUGUGGAACGUUUCUCUUUUAUUCACUAUAUAGCAUUACUUUCUUUUUUCUUGUUUAUAUAUCGCUAAACAAAAUGUAUUUUUAAUUUGUUUUGAACAAGUGUAGUUAUAACGCCGAAAAACGAUUGGAAGAAGUAGCAUAUAACAAAACAAGCUUAUAUUCUAUCCGAAGUAGGAAGAGAAAAAGAACUAUAUAUGGAUUGUGAUCAUGACCCCUCCUCAUAUAUAAACAAUGCUAUGCUUACA